UCAGCGUUUGUACGGGGAGGUGGGAGGCGAACAGCCGCACUGCAGUGCAACACCGCUCGCUCGCUCGCGGUCUGGUUCGCGGACGAGCCUCAUUUUUGCACUCGUUCGUUUUCUUUGAAUGUAGAAAAAAACACACUCACGCGCUACAUAGUCUAGUAGCAGCUGAGCCCACUGUGCUGCCGGGGACACGCAGAGCAGGUUAUAACGUGGGGAAACUGCAUCUCUUCUGUCUGCCACUGUUCACCGUGUAGUUCCCCUGUUCUGGCCAAUGCUUGCUGCGCUACAGCAUGACCACAGCAGUGUCGGUUCAUCUCGUAAUUCUGGCAAAUGAAAAUGGAGGAGGUUUCAAUGUCCAGCCUGGACAACAGCAAGCUGGAGGGCCUGGCUCAGGACAUCCUGUCUGACCUGGUGGAGGAUGCGUGCCUGGGUCUUUGCUUCGAGGUCCACCGGGCUGUCAAGCAGGGCUAUUUUUUCCUGGACGACACGGACCAAGAAAGCAUGAGGGACUUUGAAAUUGUGGACCAGCCUGGGUUGGAUGUGUUCGGCCAAGUGUACAACCAGUGGAAAAACAAAGAGUGCGUGUGUCCCAACUGCAGCCGAAGCAUCGCUGCCUCACGCUUUGCCCCGCACCUGGAGAAGUGCCUGGGGAUGGGACGCAACAGCAGCCGCAUAGCUAACCGCAGAAUAGUCACUGGUAACAACACAAACAACAAAUCGGAGAGCGACCAAGAGGAUAAUGACGACGUCAAUGAUAACGACUGGUCAUACGGGGCGGAAAAGAAAGCCAAGAAGAGGAAAUCAGAGAAGAAUCCAAACUCACCCAGAAGAUCGAAAUCAUUCAAGCAUAAGAGCAGGCCGGCCCAAGCCUUCAUGGGGCCCUAAGCUGAAUUUGAUUUGGGGGGCCCCCCUCCCACCACCUCGGAGUAGCAGGCAUGAUGGGUCCCAGACGUCGAAUGGACAACCACGAGAGCCCACGCAUGCUGAUGAAAGACGAGGCAUUCCCUCAAUCCUCAAUAACACAGUCGGCCACAAACACACAUUCUAUUUCCAUUAUGUGUGUCUAUGUAUGUAUGUAUGUAUGUGUGUGUGUGAGUGUGUGUGUGUGUGCGCGUAUGGUGUGUACAUACACACAAGAAGACCAAGAACACUUAUCCUUUGGUUCUUUAUGAUGUGAUAUCGGUGGACGUCGAUAUCAUGAGCAACAGUGUAUGGUGUUUGCUGCUCCACGGACAGAGGCAGUCCAGACCUCCUACUGUAUACUUGACAGUUUUGUUUUCUCCACAAAAUCCUUGUAACACCUACCAACACUUUUUGUUCUUUGCUGCGUAAUAAUGAAUAUCACAGUAUAUAAUGUGACUGCACAGAGGCAGCUGCUGUGUGCACAUACGUAUUAUGUUUCUUAAAAAUACAGAAAUGAAUAGGCAUUAGGUGUACUUAUAUUUCCUCACCUCAUCCUUUUGGAAGAAAUAAUGUCGGACGAUCUAUAUUUUGUGGUUUGCCUUUUUUUUUAUUUUCACGUUCACCAUCAGGCGCGUAGUUCUCCAGUUGAAUUACAAUUGUGUGUAUGUGGGAUUGUGUGUGUGUGUGCGUGUUUGUCGUUCAACUGUGGAAACUCGUAUUUCCUGCACAAAGCAGGUUUAUUUUUUGUUCCUUAUAUUAUUUUUUCCCUUCUGUGGAUAGAUUGGGUUGUUUUCUACCAUUCAAACAUGUCUUUGUAUCAUGUGUUUACAUUGUAAAGGGUGACGUAUAUCCUUUGUGUGAUGUGAUAGUGUAAAUGUUCCAAUAGUUGAAUUGCUGCUAUCAUGGCUCAGUUUUUUUCAUCUGUCUAGCAUAAUAAAUGAUUUGUUACCUGUU